AUGAAUGACGAUGAUAAUUAUAUUUCGCCGCAUGAGACUGCCCUCGCUGUGGUAGCCACGGCGAUGAAAAAAGCACGACUUGGAUUAGACACAUUGAUCGUAAAUUCAAUAAUGGCAGGUAUUUUUUUUAGUGCUGGAGGGAUUUUAUUCGUGAGUUUCCAUGGAUAUUGUCCGUUGAUUUUGGAGCAAAAUCCUGGGAUUUUGCUUUUCGCAGGUUCUUUUGCAUAUCCUGUGGGUCUUUUCUACGUGAUCAUCAAUGGUACCGAUCUGUUCAAUUCGAACAUUUUAUUUUUCACCGUGGGAUGUUUGCGGCAAGCUGUGAACAUUUACGACUUGCUUAUCAGUUGGUUCGUAAGUUGGUUUGGAAAUUUUGCUGGAACCCUUUUUGUUUCCUAUAUUAUCAUGUACCUCUCAAAAGUUGGACGCGACAGCCAUUACAUUCAUGGCUCAGUUAUUCUUGCAGAGGACAAAGCUGUGUACAAUUUCAUUGAGACGUUUAUUAAAGGUAUGGUGGGGAAUUUUUACGUUUGUCUUGCCAUUUACCUGCAAUUGAUGGCAAAACCGCUUCAUGUGAGAUUGAUCCUGAUGGCUCUCCCUAUCGUCACUUUUGUCAGUGGUGGGUUUACGCAUGUAGUUGCAGAUAUGUUCAUCUUAACUUCUGGUAUGCUUAAUGGAGCUGAUAUCUCUAUAGCCAAAUUUGUGUGGAGAAUGAUGCUUCCGGCCACUUUGGGGAAUGUAGUCGGUGGUGUAGCUUUUGCUGCCGUGGUUCCCUUCUAUUUGCACCUUCUAGUUGUUGAAAGAGAUAGGAAGAGGUUGUCCUUACCGCGCUAUGAUGCUAGAGAUGAGCAGCCCGACCUGAACAUGGAUUCACGUGUGGUCAAGAUCUCUCCCGAAGAAGCAGAGGAAGAACAAGAAGCUGCCGAGUGUUCAGCUGUGGAUGAAAAACAAAGUAUUUCUCCCCUUGGCGAAACGUCCAGCUCAGAAGAUGCCGCUGUAUCAGUGUGUCACGGGCCGAUCGGAGCUAGGUCUAUGUCGCAUGAAAGUCACUUGAGCAGAAGCGAUACGCGCUCCACCCUGAGACGCAGGGUACCAAUUUCUAAAAGAUCACCAGCAGGCGUGUUUCCGGUGAAGGGCAUGGGAUUACCUUUGCAGAAGGAAAUGACCAUUGCCGAUGAUAACGCGAGUAUCGGAAGCGGAAGCACGUUUAGCGUCUCCAAAGAGCCAUAUAGAGGGCCUGAACCUUUUACUGCCGGUUCUUCAAUGGAAAACGAUGUGAUUCCCGUGGAAUCCAGUAAUUCCAGGGCGCAACGUAUUUUGACUGCACCUACGGGCUCUGAACCCCACCGGACUUUUCGACCACACUUACCAGUCAGGUCUAAUUCGUUUUCUCAACGAGGUUUCAAUGAGCGCCGACGGGGCAAUUCGAGCCAUCAGGGUGGUUAUGAUGUUAAUGAAAACAAGUUGGGUACGAAAUUGGAAAGAGCACUCACCCGCUUAGCAUCGCGUGUUUCAUCGACACAGGAGGAGGAGUCAUCGUUGCCGCAAACGACUCAGGAUGUUGUCCCUCGAACGACAUCACGCGUAAACCCUCAUGAGACGCCAUCUAGUGUUUCUCUCCCAAGGCCCGCCCCUGCCAAAAAACGAUCUACUCACGGAAGGAAGCUGAUAGAGUCAUUGAGCAGGUCAAACACUAGAAAUAAUCCGGAAGAGUUUUUGAAACGGAUGUCGUCAGCUGGUAUUACCACCGUUGCUGCAGAGCAUGCCAACACUACAGCCGGAAUCGAAGAUUUAAGCUACGAAGACCUACGAUACGAAAGACGACAUGCACGCGAUCCCAAGUCGAAGGAAGGUCGCACGGCUACAUGA